GUAGGACUAGCACUCACGGCACUCUUGUGAAGUUUUAUCUUUGAAGCGGUCGUUUCGCCGCGGCAUGUUCAUUUGUAAACUGAGUUUCUUGAAGAAAACAACGUUCUACGCUCGACCUCCAACAUGAAACGUGACAGAGUUUCAUUAAGUUUUAUAACAAAUUAAAGUUUAGUGUUAUAUAAUCAUUUUUGUAAACGUAGACGUGGAAAAUGACGGUGCGGAUCGUCGUAUUGUUGUUGUUUAUUUGUGCGGCCGUCGCCUUCUCCGAUUCGGCGAUGCCUCGAUGUGAAAAGAUAUCAACAACUUUGUGUCAGCACUUGGGAUACAACACGACGAUGAUGCCUAACUUUAUGGGACACGAAGAUCAAAGGGACGCCGCUUCGGGACUCGAAGUCUACAAGGACCUCCUAAAUCAUAACUGUUCGUCAUUCUUGCGCCUCUUUGUUUGCUCCGUUUUCAUACCGUUAUGCUCGGAGCACGUCCCCGGAGCGAUACCGGCCUGCCGCGGCCUCUGCGAGGAAGUCAAGAGGGACUGUUUCGCAACACUUCAACACGCGCGCGUCGGAUGGCCCGCCGAAUUGGAUUGCUCGAAGUUUCCGGAGCCGCCUAAUCUUUGCAUGCAGCAGCCGUCCGAGGACGACUUGAAAGACGUUUCGAGCGAGCACUUCCACAGCUUCAAGAAUGCGUCGCAGUUGUGCUCCCCGGGCUCGAUUUUGGGAAGCAAUCGAAUGUGCCUUAAGAAGUGCGAUAACAAUGAUACCUACAGCUACGGGGAUAAAAGGGUUUAUAGCGCCUGGAGUAUGUUUUGGACCUUCGCGUGCCUUAUAAUCACCACAUUUACCUUACAAACGUUCCUGACCCAACCGAAACGUUUCCGGUGGCCGGCCAGACCGAUCCUAUAUCUGUCGUUCUGCGGAUUCAUUAAGGCGGUUGUCUAUCUGAUACGUUGGAUUGUAGGGCCGUUUAUCUGUCUAGGUGCGACAGUAUUGGAGAAACCAACCGAUAGCCUGGGCUGUACCUCGGUCGCGCUUCUCAUAGUUUACUUAGAUGUCGCCACCACUCUGUGGUGGACGAUCUUCUGCUUCGUAUGGUACCUGAGCGCCGCAAAGGAGUGGUCGACGGAAGCGUUGGAGAAAAUCUCCGCAAGACUGCACGCGUUCGCGUGGGCUCUCUCAACAAUACCGUUAGUGUUCAUUUUAAUUACGAGAGACAUUCGACUCGACGAACUUACAGGUUUCUGUGAAAUCUUCAGCAUCCCCCUGACGAUUGCACAACUGUGCGUCGCAGGUGUCGGUUGCUGUUUAGCCGCGUUUACCUCCGUCGCGCUUAAAAACGUGCGCAGGGCACUCAUGUACGAAGGCAGGAGCCCGUUCAAAUUAGAAAGGUUGAUAUUGCGACUCGGUAUUAUUAGUUUAGGUAUUUGCGUCUGUACUUGUUUUAGUUUAAUUUGCAACUUUUUUGAGAAUUUCUACGUCACUCUAUUGAAAAUCAGUUUGCAAUUCUUGGGUGCUAUUAUAUCCUCGUCUUGGGUGUUUUCAUCGAAGACUUUCAAAAAUUGGAAUAAAGUAUUACGACCAAAGUCGUGUCAAAAAAUAUUAACUCAUCUGCCUUCUACUAAGGUGUAAAAUGACAAAUAUGUCGAUAUUCAACACGUGUGAUAUUAAUUAAGGUUAGUUUUAAGCAGUAUUAAUAAAAUUGUUGAAGAUGAAGCUCAAAGCUAUAUUGUAACUAUUUGUGAAUAAUACUUUUAACACUGUAUUUUUCUGUACAUUUUGUAAGCAGUCAGGUACUGCACGCUUGAAUUAAUAUAAUAAGUACAAUGUUU